GAGGGCAAGGGAAGAAUGAUUGUAAAAGGUCUGGGGCUUAGAAUAUCUUGAAUGGCAUCUCACUGAAAUUGACCUAUGAUUGAUGGGUUGGUCCACCAGAGACCAUGUCAUUGAAGAAGUGGGGAUCAUCACCACCCAUAUGAAGAAGAUAUGCUUCAAAAUGUUUGAGUUUUUCUUGUCUUAUUGAGGACUACUACACACCACGCAGUUACUUACAACUCUAAAACUUCGAAACGAGUGUUGAGUUGGCCAUUCUUCCAAAUGGGUUCUAAUCAUCCUUUUGAACUUGAACCCAGAGAGCACACCAUUUGUUUUCUGCAGGAAGAAGAUUUUGAAAAUGGUGGGGCUACCACAAUGUAUCAAGAAACGACACCAUAAAAUUCCCUUUAGAUUGAACACUUGGCGAACGGCCAAGGAGCCCUAAAUGAGAGGACAAGAGCUUUCUAGUCUACCCUCAUAUUUGUCAUGUUUAUCAUGAUAAGAGGCAUCUUUUGCAAUGAAGAAGUGUCACUUUCCAAAGUCCAGAACAGGGCUGCAGGCACCAUGGCCACAGGAUGAUUAGUCCAAAAUGCAUGACAUGGUACAAACUUUAUAAUCAUUCAAACCCUAACUUUUGUGCCACAACAAGAUGUGGACGCCAUGAGAUGCCUACUAAUAUCAGACUCUUAUCAUACUUUCUACCCCAAUCAUUCACUUCAGUCUAUAUCAACUACAAUCCCUCCCUUGUGAACUCCACAACGAACCAUCCAAUUUCAGCACUGCUCUCUCUCUCUCUCUCUCUCUCUCUCUCUCCCUCUCCCUCUGCGAAAAUGGUUCUAGUUGAUGCCCAUGCUGGCAAAGACGGUACAGAUGAUGGAGCUCUGGAUUUUAGGGGAAACCCUGUGGACAAGACACGAACCGGGGGAUGGCUUGGUGCAGGGCUCAUUCUAGGAACUGAAUUUGCAGAGAGGGUAUGUGUGAUGGGGAUAUCAAUGAAUUUAGUGACAUAUUUAGUCCAAAAUCUGCAUAUUUCAGCAGCAAAAUCAGCAACAAUCGUGACUAAUUUCAUGGGCACUCUUAAUCUUUGUGGCCUCCUAGCCGGUUUCUUAGCAGAUGCCAAACUUGGCCGUUACUUGACAGUUGCAAUCUUUGGAUCCAUAACUGCCUUGGGGGUGAUUUUGUUGACGGUAGCCACAACCAUUCCUAGCAUGAGACCCCCUCCAUGCAGUGACUACAUGAGGCAGCACCACCAGUGCAUAGAGGCCAACGGCAGUCAACUAGCCAUGCUCUAUGCUGCUCUCUAUACUAUAGCCCUAGGUGGUGGAGGAAUAAAGUCCAAUGUUUCUGGUUUUGGUUCUGAUCAAUUUGAUAACUCUGAUCCCAAAGAGGAGAAGGCCAUGAUUUUCUUCUUCAAUAGGUUCUAUUUCUGUGUUAGCAUAGGCUCCUUGUUUGCAGUAACAGUGCUGGUGUAUAUACAAGACAAUGUGGGAAGAGGGUGGGGUUAUGGAAUAUCAGCAGUGACAAUGGUGAUAGCAGUCACAAUCUUGCUCGGUGGGACACCAUUUUACCGAUUCAAGAUGCCUCGAGGUAGCCCUUUAACUGUCAUAUGGAGAGUCAUAUUCUUGGCUUGGAGGAAGAGGAACCUCCCUUAUCCUUCUCAUCCCAGUUUGUUGAACGAGUACCACAAUGCCAAGGUCUCUCACACUCAAAGAUUCAGGUGUCUCGACAAGGCUGCAAUCCUAGAAGACUAUUAUUCUGCCAGUGGAAACAAGGACAACCCUUGGAUAGUUUCUACAGUGAACCAAGUUGAAGAGGUGAAGAUGGUAAUAAAGCUCCUUCCCAUCUGGUCCACAUGUAUCCUCUUUUGGACAGUCUACUCUCAAAUGACAACUUUCACGAUUGAGCAAGCCACCUUCAUGAACCGAAAACUUGGCUCCUUUGUUGUUCCUUCAGGUUCUUUCUCUGUCUUCCUCUUCAUCUCCAUUCUUCUCUUCACUUCCCUAAAUGAAAGGAUCUUUGUCCCAUGUGCUCGGAAACUCACCCACAAUGUCCAAGGAGUUACAAGCCUUCAGAGGGUUGGAAUUGGGCUCAUUUUCUCGAUGGUGGCUAUGGUAACUGCUGCUAUUGUUGAAAAGCAAAGGAGGGAAGCUGCUGUUCAACACAAGACUAAUAUCAGUGCAUUCUGGCUAGUACCUCAGUUCUUCCUAGUGGGUGCUGGGGAAGCCUUUGCUUAUGUAGGACAACUAGAGUUCUUCAUCAGAGAGGCACCAGAUAGGAUGAAAUCAAUGAGCACAGGACUCUUUUUAAGCACCCUUGCAAUGGGGUUCUUUGUUAGUAGUUUGCUAGUGUCUCUGGUAGACAAAGUGACCAACAUGAGAUGGCUUAGGAGCAAUUUGAAUAGGGGGAAAUUGGACAACUUUUAUUGGAUGCUUGCAGUCCUAGGAGUAUUGAAUUUCUUGGCUUUUCUUGUCUUUGCAAUGAGACACCAGUACAAGACACUACAGUACAAAAGCCCUGAUGUUUAUGGGGAGAAUGAGCUAAAGAAGGGAUGGAAUGAAGGUAUCACCAGCGAAAUGGAGAAGAAAGAGAGAGUUGAAGGAAAGGAGGAGCCUUAGAUCAUACACUUUCAACUGUUUGUUUAUGUUAUUUUUAGCCCUAUUUUCUAUUCGCAUACUAUAUUUUAAUCAUGUACUAUCUUGGAAGAAAGAAAUAUAACAUUUUUAGUUAUAUUCA